AUGCAAAGAUCCAGGCUGGGAGAGAUAGAUAUCAAUAUAUUCGCCUUUUAUUGCAAUUGGCCUAUAUGGGAGACAUGGUUAAUAGCUGGGCAUGCUCCUGCACAGCUAAAUGCUUAUAUUGCCAUUGAUGAUCACCAUGCGAACGAUCAAGUUCAAAAUGAGGAACCCAAGCCAAAUGGUACUAGCAAAUGCUCCGAUGGGCUUGAAGUGCCAGAAAUUGGUCCUCAAGGUGGACUUGAAAUUUCUGAUUUGUCUGGACAGAAAAGCAUCCUAAUGAACUCUACUCUGGAUAAAUCUCUUCUUGAUUCAGAUGAAAUUUUGAAUGACCAGAAUGUGACAAGCCGAUGCCCAAACUAA